GGAAUGCAUAUAUUAGGAUAGUUAGCGAUUAAAUAAACGUCAGUCUUGAGAAACAGCCAAAUCGAGGGUAAAAGAAAUGGAACACACAUGUUUUCGGAAACGCCCACCGCUCGAUUGUCUGUUAUUUCCUGCAACGAUGUGAAACCUGUGGUGGAGGAGGGAAAAAAAAGAACUUCGUUCCACUGUAUUUUAAAUUAACGAAUUUCGGAUAGUUUAAAGAGCAUGAAGCAAAAUGAAGGACCGAUUGUGUGACCUGAGUGAUGCUGUGCUUAGGGUGCCCCAGGAGGAGGCUGCAACAGAGAAUGGGGAGCACGCAGACAGCAGCGAGCUGAUGCAUCAGCACGUGGUGGUGUUCGAGGGGGAGGAUGUCAUGGACAGUGUGUUCAGGGAGGCGCAGGCCAUGCACAAAAAGAUAGCUCACCUGAGAGUGGAGGUCAAGAGACUGGGCAAGCAGAACACACGCUUCCUCACCUCCGUCAGGCGCAUCAGCAGCAUCAAGCGUGACAGCAGUGCCAUCGCGCGCAGCAUCAAGGCCGACGGAGAGAAGUUGUACGCCAGGCUACAGCAGAUGGACGCACUGUGCCGGGAGCUGGAGGAGAAGCACGGGCCCCAGUCAACACUGGCCCGCAUGGCACACUCCCAGUACGUCUCCUUGACCGGCGCCUUCCAUCAGGCGAUGUCUGAAUAUAACGAGGCAGAGAUGGCACAGAGGGAAAACUGCAAGACGCGCAUCCAGAGACAGGCGGAGAUCAUGGGCAAGGAGGUGACCGGCGAUCAGAUUGAAGAGAUGGUUGAGACCGGCAAGUGGAACAUGUUCUCGGAUGACCUGGUCGCAGAUGGGCGAACGUUCCGCUCAGUGCUCAAUGAGAUCGAGAACCGCCACAAGGAGCUUCUGGAGCUGGAGAGUCGCAUAAGGGACAUUCAUGAUCUCUUUUUCCAGCUGGCUUUGCUGGUAGAGGAGCAAGGAGCUAUGGUGAACAACAUUGAGGCCAAUGUGUGUGCAACACAAGAAUAUGUAUUUAAAGCUACGGCCGAGAUAAAGAAGGCUGUGAGAUAUAAGAAGAAACACCCAUGCAGACAGUUACUUUGUUGCUGUUUCCCUUGUUGCAAUAAGUGAUGAAUAAUGUGUCAAUUUCACAAUAACAGUUUACAGAAGGCAUAGUAAUUUAAAGAACGGUUAACUAAAUUGUGCAAUUGAUCAUGCUAGUGUGGAGCAGCAUACCAUAGUUGCACAAAGUCAUGUUAUUCACAAGGUUGUGCAUUCCACCCUGUUUUCUUUCACAUUUUCAUUAUUUCUGGCUGCUUGGCACAUAUAGAAUGUCAUAGGCCCGUGGCCUGGUCUUGGCAGGUGUGACAGAACCAAGUGUCUUGCUAACCACAAGAGUAUCAAUGCACAUUGUCUCAGUGUUGUUCAGUCACAGUUUCUGUCAUGUGAAUGUUAAAGAAUGUUCCUCUGCAUAACAAUGCUAAAGAAUUCUGUGGUGUUCUUAAUUGUCAGUGUAAAAAGUAUUUAAAAGGUACAGUGUCUGAACAAUACAAAAAGCCCUUUUUCUCUAUAAGGUGGGCACAAUUAUUAAACAAUCAGUAAUACCUGUUAUUGAUGUAUAUUGUUUUAAAUUUUGGCAUUAAUUUAAUAAAUAAUUUUCCUCUUUCAGUUUUACCAUCUUGUCAUAGUAGUGAUAU